UGCUCAAGAGCGGUGCUGCCUAAAGACGCACCGCGCAAGCGCACGCAUGCGGACGACGCACAGCGCAGGGCGUUUGGCGACGUGAUGGAGCCGGGCCUAUUUCUUCACAAGGUGUCGACAUUGCAGGCCUGUAUCCGGGGCUUCUUGGUCAGACGUCAAUUCCAGAGCCUUCGAGCUGAGUACGAAGCAAUUGUACAGGAGAUCGAGGGUGACCUCAGCACACUUCAGUGGACUGGGGGCUGGAUUCCCAAGCCCGUAUUUCUCCCAGAGGCAAAGUCUCAUUGCUCCUGGAAAGCAGAGAAAAUACCAAACCCAGAGCAGAAACUCUGGAGCCAUUUCCCAUGUAAAGACUCUGAAAAAGAUGUCAUCUUGGAGGAGACGGUGUUGAAGAAGACAGGAGGGAGCCCAGCAGAACCAGGAAGUCUUUGCCAAGAUGACAGCCUCUGGCUUCAGGCUGAGCAGGGCAGAAAAGCCAGCCAGGGGAAGACCAGAGAUAGCUCCAUGUCCCAGGUGGACAAUGCAGAUCUAGGGCUGUCCCAGAGCCAACAUGAGCUCCAGGACCAGCGCAACCAUCUGGCCAUGGAGUUGCUAUGGCUGCAGCAGGCCAUCCGUAGUCGAAAGGAGUACCUCAUUCUCAAACAAACACUGAGAUCCCCAGAAGCAAGCCAGACCAGAGACAAGCCUAACAUGUGCCUGGACACCCAGGGUCAGGCCUGUGAGAAGGCCUGGUUGCAAUCAAGCUGCCUCCUUAAGGACCAGUGCUGUAGAGACAGGACCAUAGGAGAGCCACACCAUACAGAUGACUCCUGCCACGAGGGCAAAUCCCAGCCACAGAAAUCCCCAGACAGGCUAGCCGCCGGUACAGGCAAAGACAAGAUUUGGGCUAAGGGCAGGGAACUAUGCUAUAGGAAGGCUGGACCACAGCUGCCCGCAGCAUUAGAGAGCCAGGCUGGAGGGGACAGGGUCACCAGGGGACCAGACCACAGAGGACAGGCCUUGAGUGAAACCUGCCUGCAGCAGUUGAAACUCCUAGAGGAUCAGACCCCUGGGGACCCCGAGUCUAGGCAUCCUUGUUCUGGAAAGACAGCAACACAGCUGCCCACACCCUGUGAAAACCCAAACACUGGGGACAGAUACUCCGGGAAGCCAAGCUACAGAGAGGCUGACUGCCAGAGAGCCAGGCCAGAUGCUUUGAGUAGCACAGAAGAUCACGUGAUUUGGGAUGGAACGUUUGCAGGGCUGGAACAUCUCAGAAGGACUAAACCACCCAAGAGCCAGCACCCCAGUGUUAGAAGUUCCAGCCAUGGAACUACCAGUGAGCUUAGUCAGGAAGGAUGGGAAAGCCGGAGGACUCUGCUGUGGAGAUGAAGAUCUCCGGAGAACUUGUCUUCCACAAGAGAGGACCAGUGGAGGGCAGACCAUGGAAAGCAGGACCAUCAGGCAAGACCUGGGGAUCCGGGAGAGGAAUAGGUUCCCAAAGGGGAUGCUAUGAAAAGGUGAUAAGGGACCUGGUUCCACCUCUUUCUCCUGCCCUUGCUCCUGGCCAUUGGUAGCUGUCAGGCCAAAGUGCAGGAUUGGAUUGCGCUGGUACAGCAGGAGAAAGAUGGAGGGCAUGCCCUGUUAUCCUCUGCCUGUGGCUUAAUCCAGGUUUCACCUUCCCUCGGGUGAGGUGGGAGGGAGGGUCGUAGAGAAUAAAAGUUUUCUUGGGUGAUGA